GUCAUUUUAGAAGUAACUGCUAUCUAGUACAAAUAACAUCUUAUAACGUCUGUGAGCCCCGUGACCAAUUACAAAGUUUGUCGGUUAUUAUUUUUUUGUAUGAUUUGAUGUGAAAAGAUUCCUUAAUUAGAAGUUUGUACUGAAUGAACAUUUUGGAAAAUAUGUACAAAUUUGCAGUUUGUUUUGUUCUGUUGAUGUGUUUCAUGUUAUCUGAGACACAAGGACAACAAUACAGUCUGGAUCGACAAUUGGCAAGACCUUUCGGAAUGUUUAGACAUUUUAUGGCAAAUUUAACAGCUGCACAAAAUCAGAUAAAUAGUAUUUAUCGACUCAACAAAAAAUUGGGGAAAAUUCAACCCCUAGUUCCUUCUUCACGCAAAUUCUUUUGUGAUGCUAAAAAUGGACCUGGUAAGCGUAGUUUAAAUCCUCCCGAAUCUGUCAACGAAAUUCGGCCAGGAGAUAUCGAUAUAAUUGCUGGACUUGGUGAUUCUUUGACAGCAGCUAAUGGUGCAAUAUCAACUGGUCUUCAUAGUUUGGCCAAUGAGAAUCGAGGAUUGUCAUUUACAGCGGGUGGACGCGCUGAGUGGCGCAAAUAUCUAACGGUACCCAAUAUUUUGCGAGAAUUUAAUAACGAUCUUUAUGGUUAUUCAACUGAAGAUAGUUUAUCGAUUGAUCGUGCUAGCAAAUUUAACGUUGCAGAACCUAUGACUCUUUUUGAAGAUUUGCUCUUUCAAGCAAAAAUUUUACUCAAACGAAUGCAAAGAGAUCCAAAAGUCAACAUGACUUCACACUGGAAAAUGAUAACCAUUUUUUUGGGUAACAAUGAUUUAUGCUCAAAACUUUGUGAUUUAUCAAAUCCGGAAGAUCUAAUCAAGGAACAUGCUGAUGAUAUUUAUGAAACUUUGAGAUUUUUACGGGACAAUAUUCCCAGGGUUUUAGUAAACUUUGUUCUUAUGCCAAAUCUAGUUGUAUUGACAACAUUUAAAAAUGUACCAAUGCAAUGUUUUAUGGCAGAAAGAAUUGAAUGUCGGUGUAUGUACAGUAGUCGGGCAACACCAAAAAUGUUGAGGAGAUACGGAAAUAUUGCUCGUGAAAUGCAAAAAAUACAAAAGGAAAUUAUUUACCAGGAUGAAUUUCAUACUAAAACAUUUACCGUGAGCUUACAGCCUUUUACACAAAAUUUUACUUUGCCUGAAUUACCAAAUGGAGAUACGGACUUACGAUAUUUUGCAAGUGACUGCUUCCAUUUUAGCCAACUGGGACAAGCAGCGAGUGCUAAUGCUCUUUGGAAUAAUAUGAUGCAACCAGAAGGAACGAAACAAAUUGAUUGGAUGCCUGCUUUUCAGCAUUUCGAAUGUCCAACAGAUGAAAAUCCAUUUAUUGUAACACGAGAAAAUAGAAAAUAGCAAUUUUGUGUUUUAAUCGAUGGAUUCAAAUUAAAUAGAUGAUGAUGAGCUUAAUAAUUGUCUUUAAAUUAAUAAAAAACCAAGUAAAAAGGAACAAAAUUAAAAUUCGUACAAAACAAUAUAAUAGAUCCGUCGAGAUAAACAUCGAAAAUUCUAAAAGUUCCUAUAUGCAGGUAUUUAAUGCCACUGGUCGUAAAUGGUACCCCAAUGAAAAUUGGUACAAAUGUUUCAUUUAUAACAGAAACUAAGAAUCUAAGCAUUUUAAGUGAAAGGGUGUUUUUUUUUUUUUAAAUAAGGGAAAUCCGCGAUAAGUUCGAUAAAAUCAAUGGUAUAAAAAGUACCCUUACGAAAUUUUGUCUUUCCCAUGAAAAUUACGAAUAAAAUUGCUUAGUCUAUACAUUUUUGUCAUGCGAAAGGAUGGUUUUUUAAGGUGUACAGAAAAUGUGGGUAUUUUGGAAUAACUUAGCAAUAAUAGUGGUACCCUAU